GAGGGCUGCUGAGGAGAGUCACUCACUCUCGGACCCAAACGAGGCGGAAGCGCGCUGCCUUCCCUCCCCACAUCCCACUUUAAAUGGAAGAUACCGAAGUCAGGAUGUAGGAUUCGGACGGAUUCGUGGUCGGGAUCCACUUCCAAGGCUGCCUUUUUGGGUUCCGCUACGUCGCCGAUGCUUGGAUGGAGCCUGGGUUUUUAUCACGCUGUAUUCCGCUGUCUGAUGAGUCUGUGAAAAGACAAGUUUAAAGGAGGACUUUCCUUUUGGACUUCGCUCGACGAUGGCGGCAGGCGUGGCAGCGUGGCUCCCUUUUGCCCGGGCGGCGGCGAUUGGCUGGAUGCCCGUGGCCAACUGCCCGAUGCCUGUUGCACCGACAGACAACAGCAAGAGACAGGACGAGCUGAUCAUCCUUAAUGUUAGCGGGCGUCGCUUCCAGACCUGGAGGACCACCCUGGAAAGAUACCCGGACACUCUCUUGGGCAGUUCUGAGAAGGACUUUUUCUACAACGAGGAAACCAAGGAGUAUUUCUUUGACAGAGACCCCGAUGCUUUCAGAAGCAUCUUGAACUUCUAUAGAACUGGAAAGCUUCACUACCCGCGCCACGAGUGCAUCUCGGCCUAUGACGAGGAGCUGACAUUUUUCGGGAUCAUCCCAGAGAUCAUUGGGGACUGCUGCUACGAGGAGUACAAGGACAGAAAGCGGGAAAACUUGGAAAGGCUGCAGGACGACCAAGAGGAAAACAAAGAUUUGAAGCUACCAAAUAUGACCUUUCGGGAAACCAUGUGGCGGGCUUUUGAGAACCCCCACACUUCCACCAUGGCUCUGGUCUUCUACUACGUCACAGGUUUCUUUAUCGCCAUUUCAGUUAUUACCAAUGUGGUGGAAACUGUCCCGUGUGGCUCCACUGCCAACCAGAAAGACGUGCCAUGUGGCGAGCGCUACACCGUGGCCUUCUUCUGCAUGGACACUGCUUGCGUGAUGAUAUUCACCGUGGAGUACCUCCUGCGCCUCUUUGCAGCACCAAGCCGUUACAAAUUUAUGCGCUCUGUCAUGAGCAUCAUCGACGUGGUGGCAAUCCUUCCCUACUACAUCGGACUAGUGAUGACCAACAACGAAGAUGUGAGCGGCGCAUUCGUCACCCUGCGGGUUUUCCGGGUGUUCCGUAUCUUCAAGUUCUCCCGGCACUCGCAGGGACUCCGCAUCCUGGGUUACACUCUGAAAAGCUGUGCCUCAGAGUUGGGGUUUCUUCUCUUCUCCCUAACAAUGGCCAUCAUUAUCUUCGCCACUGUCAUGUUCUACGCAGAAAAGGGCUCCAGCUCGAGCAAGUUCACGAGCAUCCCAGCAUCUUUCUGGUACACAAUUGUCACCAUGACGACCUUGGGAUACGGCGACAUGGUACCAAAGACGAUCGCUGGAAAGAUCUUUGGCUCCAUCUGCUCGCUGAGCGGCGUCUUGGUGAUCGCACUACCCGUCCCUGUGAUCGUCUCCAACUUCAGCCGCAUCUAUCACCAGAACCAGAGAGCGGACAAGCGCAGGGCACAGAAGAAAGCAAGACUGGCCCGGAUAAGAAUAGCCAAGUCCGGCAGCGCCAACGCCUUCCUCCUGAGCAAACGCAACGGCCUGCUGAAUGAGCUGCAGGAGCUGACGGGUACAGUGGAGGAUGAGCAGAAGCGUCCCAAAACAGCGUCUCUGCUGGAGAGUCAACAUCACCACCUGCUGUACUGUUUGGAGAAAACCACCGCUCAUCAGUUUGUGGACGAGCAGAUGUAUGAGCAAAACUCUUUGGAAACGGCCCUGCAGACCUUUCGUUCAGCCUCCAUAUCCAGCAAUGAAAGCACGGCGGGGACCUGCUGCGGUCGCCGCUCAAAGAGGCAGACCCACCUGCCCAACGCUAGUCUGCCCCCCAUCACCCCCAUUUCCACGUUCCAAGGCCCCCUGCAGGAGCUCAGCACCGUCCACAUGCAGUCCCACAGCAGCAGUCGCUCAAAUCUCAACCUCAAAUUGGAAGACAGCAGCAGGAUCAACUGCAAAGGGGGUCAGAUCACCACCGCCAUCAUCAGCCUCCCGACCCCUCCAGCUCUGUCACCUGACAGGGACAGCCUCCACAGGCCGCCGCAUCGGAGAGCGCCCCCUUCCUCCAGCAUCCCGACCACGACCAGCUCAGCAGGGAUCAACAUUGUCAAAGUUUCAGCUCUGUGAAUCUCCCUGGUGGCAGCGAUCAGAAUUAUAGAAGCGCAAGUCCGUGGUUCACCGCGAGGUUCAAGAGCAGGCGACAAGGCCGAGAUUGUAAAUAUGCCGAGACACGUGGGUCACGCCGACUUUAGCGGAAAGACACUCUAAUGGUGGGGUUUAGUGCUGUGUUCAUAAAAAAAGUGAUUCAUGUGUUUACUUAAAAUUGUUUGGUCCUGUUUGUUUUAAGUGUUCUUUGUUGGCGGCAACAAAAAAUAGCAGCUCUCUUUUGCUCGCAGUUGCUUUUGAGGCUGGAGAGAUAUAAAUGUGGGAUUAUUUGAGCCAAUGCUUUUCAGACUGGAUUUGUUUUUGUACUCAUUUGUCACAACGAAACCUCAAACUUCUGUCUUUUUCUUGUCCAUUUGUACUUGAUUCAGGUAAAUGAUAAACAAAUCUCCACUGGGAACUGAAAUAACUUUGAAAGACUUGAAGAUGUGUUUUCAUCUCUACACGAAAAAAAACUGUACCACCAAAUCCUCUCGCCUUUUAUGUUUCGAUGAACUUCAGACCCUUAUAUGACCCGUAGCUUUCUGCCGAAUUGGCCGUCGAAACACUACUGCCAUCUACUGUCAAGUAUAGCUCAUUGCACCCUGGACGUUUUGGAAACGGAUUAUCCUGCUAAAAUACGUGUCAGGUAGUAAUAAUAGUAAAAAUCACAGUGUUGAUGAAAAUCCCAAGUGCAUUUUCAAUUGAGAACUGGUUACAUUUCAUGGGCAUGAACGCAAAUUUCAACUGUGCAAACUGUUCUGCUCUUCAAGAGUGUCGCAUUCUACUCAUCCUUUCUGAGAUCACUGACUUCUCAGUCGAUUAUUCGACCAAUAUUUAUGCGGUAAAAGAUUUAGAAAAUCUUUCAUGACAAAAUCACAAAUGUCAAGUGUAAUUUGUGGCCUUUAGCCAGUCAGAAUUUGAAAUGUAGUUUGUCAACAGAUAGUAAGCUAUUGCUUCCUCUGUCUCCUGAUGAUGUUAUCAUUAUUAUUAUUAUUAUUAUUUUGUUAAUAAAGCUCCAAAAUGGAGUGGCUCAUUUGAAAACAACAUUUUUUUCAACUGCCAUUUAUGAACUGUGUAUUAGUGUUUGUGUACAUUUUUACCAGAGGUAAACAUGUUUGUGCCAAAUCGUGUUACUACACACGCUGCUAUAUAAAAAUUCAUAGAAUUUUUUCACUGCUUUAUUAGAUCAAAUGACUUGAACGAACUUGUCAUUGUGUGAUUUAGUUUCAAGCUUUGUGAUUGAAGGUCUGAACAUCUCAACUGCGCUUUUUCUAUCUAGUUUUCAGUCCAAUGUGUGUGUGCAGUUUUCUGUCAAUUUGUUACAAUUGAGCGGAGUGUUGGGGAAAUAAAAUCAA